AUGAGCAUAACAAAUGAACAAUACCAGCUGGUCCGGGACGCAUUUGACGAGUCAGAUGCUGUGCUUCGAAUUGCCAGGCGAAUUCUUUCUGGCAAACGCGAUUGUACGGAAGUAAAAGAGAUUGUUGCCGUCUUCCUAGGUGAAGAUAACACUGUGCCUAACUACUGGGCGACAGUACAAAGUAUCUAUGAUGUGGUUGUUGCUCUUGAGACCAACAUUCCCGAAAGACGAUUUUUCAGGAAAGAUCUCAUGGACAACCCAUGGGAAUGCGCAGACCGCUCUUUUCGAAAACCUUUUAAUAUAUGUGUCACAUUCGCUCGUACAGAUGAGCCUGCCCAGACGAAUGCUGGGCCAGGUCAAAGUGCCGUACAAUUGGCAUCGGCUAAGCGAGGCAGAAUUGCUAUACUACCUAUUGCGUAUCAAGAUCCUAAAUACUCGCGGCUCAUUCGAGAUAUAAAGCCAUAUUCCGGACUCGAUGUGGACACAAUGUUGAGAUGUAUCACGCCAACCCUGAUUCACCAAAAAAGUCAUGCAAUAACCAAUUGUAAACAUGCCGUACUACCUCGAGUGGGUAUUUCCGAUGCAAAAUCCGAGCCUACAGCCUUCCAAUUGCAAGAGAGCAGCUCUAACGAGUGUACAGUCUGGGGCUUCCAGCUCUGUAGAGCCUUGGGCAAUUCAAAGUAUUGCAAGUAUGCGCACAUGAACGCAGAGAGCGUUGCCACCAUAUGUCUCUUCUUAUAUCUACUAGUGUCAUGGCCGGAGUGGGAACUUUUAUCCGGCCGAGCUGUGAGGAGAACGGAAGUCGCAGGAUGGAUCAAAAACUACGAGAUGAACAAAUGA